AUGCGGAUUGGCAGCCUGAGACAUGCAGCCGUUUGGGUGGCUUGCCUGUCCCACCAUGUGGCGGCUGUCAAUCAUCGGGACCCCGCCGAGGGGGCAGCCAGGAUGAAUGCUUACGAAAUUUUCAACGCCAUCCAUUCCGCCAUGCGACAAUGGGGCUCAUCUUUGAACCAUAAUGGCCUGUCAACUUUCGUCGCCACUGUUCCUGCUGGAGUGACCUUGUACCACGGCACCUGGAGGUCAACUCCGCCACCUGGUCCAGAAUGGCUCGCCUUCGAGAUUGAGCACGCAGAGCUAUUUGCUCACCCGCGAUGGAAGUUUCCGCCGCGGGAGUUGAACACUGCGGGCUCUUCCAUGCCGCUCCAGCGCCAACGAGGGAUUUUAUUCCAGGGAGAAAACGAUUAUGAAGUUCGAGAAGAUGGCGAAGAUGAAAAAGGGUACCUCCAGAUCUACAAAACGACACAGCCUGUUCGGCUGCUCUACCUAGACGGUACGAGUGCCGCCAACACGGAGAUGGGCACCCUGGACUUGCAAGACUUUGUUAUCCGAGGGGACCGCAAUGCUGAAGCUUGGGAUGAGUUCGGUCGUGCCAAAAGUCUCUGUGAUAUUGUCACGAGCUGGGGUCUUCAAGGUGUGAUUCGGAUGGAAGCCGGUUUUGAGAUCAUCAAGUGCAACUUUUCUGACAGCAUGGAGCUGGUUUCCGCUAUCCAGCGUCCAGCCGAUCCGUCCAACUCUGAUGGGCUAGGCUGGGAAGGGUAUGCUGAAGUUCACCCUUUUGAAUGGAUCAGCGCUGUUGCUCAGCGGUACCAUGGUAUUGGUGGCUCCAGGGUAGAGCUCGAUUUCUCUUCCAUGGUCUCGGCGAUGUUUUACCCUGUCAACCUCACCAAUGACAAAUCGUCAAAGCCAAAUCUUCCACGAUUGUGGUAUGCAACAGAGGACGAGUUGCUGAGCAUCAGGUCCCGCGUGGAGGAGGUGGUACAUGAGCGCCUGGACGGCAAACACACUUCCAUUAACUGGCAGGAGGUUACCGAUCUGAUCAUCACACGCUAUGCAGAUAGGCUUUGGUUCAUGGCAGAAAGAGCUCAGUCGAUAUUGGAGUUCCAAGGCGAGCUCAACCAUCUGACAAAUACCCAUGUCGACUACGGCGAGAAAGACAUAUAUCAUGCCGCCUGUUCACGCUGCGAACGCCACUAUAUCCGCUCAGCCACGCCCAAGACUCCAGAAGACCAUCUUAUUCUCGCCGCCAUGGAGGAAGUGACGCAUGCUAUCUGCGAGACACUAUUCGUAGUGCGCCUUUUCAUCAAGAAUCGGAUCAGGAUUGACAAGCUCAAAUACAACGACAAAGUACCUGCGAGCCGUAUGGAUGAACUUCUUCAAUCUUCAAAGAAGGCUAUCAGGGAGUUGAUGGACCAGCUGAAGUGGACAAGAUGGAAGGAGUGCACCACCUGUGACUUUCACGAGGUGUGCUUUGCGCCGCUGUGGCCUGUCGGUGACAAGGACUCGUACGAGCAGCCCAACUGCAGGAAUCAUUCUUCGAUUCAGAAUAGCUGGUGGGAUAACCGGUACUGGGAUAUGCCGAAGAUGCCGCAUGCGCCGAAGCCGCCUUCGCGUGAGGACCUUUGA